AUGUCUCAUACUGCUACUCCGUUGCAAACAAGAGAUCAAGUGCCCAGACAUAUGGCUACAACAGCUCGAGUGAGUGUCAAUUAUAGUAUCAUGCCUCAUUGUUCGUGGGUGCCGUCACCAGUUCCUCAUAGUAUUCUUGAUAAACUUGAUGCAGAGAUAGAAAAAGAAGAGUUUGGGGUUGACAUAUCUGAUCAGUAUAGUGUUAAUCAUUAUGUGUUUUCGGCGCCACAGUCUGAUGAUUAUCUUGAUGAUGAAAUUGAAGAAGAGGAGAAAGAGGAGUUUGGGGUUGACAUAUAUGAUAAUCUUGUUAAAGAAAUAGAAGAAGAGGAAGUUGGGGUUGACAUAUCUGAGUAUCAUAGCGUCACUCAUUAUGCGUUUCCGGUGCCACAAUCUGAUGAUAGUCUUGAUGAUGAAAUUGAAGAAGAGGAAGUUGGGGUUGACAUAUAUGAUAAUCUUGUUAAAGAAAUAGAAAAAGAGGAGUUUGGGGUUGACAUAUCUGAGUAUUUAGAAACGAGAACAUAUUAUGGUCCAAUGUGUGAUGAUGAGGAAAAAGAUGCUUGUUUCAUCUGUGCAUAUGAAUAUGAAGAUGAAGAUAUGAUCGGCACACUUCACUGUGGCCAUGACUUUCAUGCAGAUUGCGCCAAAAAGUGGCUAUUGACGAGGAACAAUGCAUGUCCGGUUUGUAGCGAUCCAGUUUUGCCCAUUCAGUGA